CGAUCCCUACCGGUUUAUAUCGGUUAGACCGGUUCAAAUGUAUGAGUGGUUUAACAUAGUGACCGGACCGGCCAUUUGCCCGGUUGUGGUCUGACCCGUAUGGUUUUCAAAAGACCGGCUUUAUGUUCAGUGGAAUUUCCAAGGAUCCAAGAAAGAUCCUUCUUUUUCUUCUUCCAAGAUCCCUCAAUCUCUCACACACAAACAAACAAACAAACAAACAAGAAAAAAAACCAAACAUGGGUGUUGUGUUAAAUCUUGUAGAUGCAAUCUUGUUCCUAUUGUUUCUAUUGAUAGCAAUUGUAGCACCAUUGAUAGAUGCUCAAACAUGUCUCCCUCUAUCCUACUUUCCUGAUAUUCUUGUCAAUGUUAAAACAUGGUACACCAAUGAAUAUGGUGAUUAUCUUGUUGCUGAAAAACCACAUUUCUUUGUUGGUCUUAUUUGGCUAGAACUUGUCUUUCAAUGGCCUCUUUCUCUUAUCAAUCUCUAUGCUAUGUUAUCUUCUAAGCCUUGGUUUAAUACCACUUGUUUGAUCUAUGGUGUUUCUCUUUCCACUUCUAUGGUUGCUGUAUUAUCAGAAAUGAUGGGAUCCAAGAAAGCAUCUGAUAAACUAUUGACAAUGUAUUUCCCUUUCAUGUGUUUGGGUGUUUUAGCUACUCUCAGAGGGUUGUUGACAAAUUCUUCAAAGUCUUCAUCAGCUUUUGGCAAGAGACCUGCAAUGGCGAGGAAAAAACAAGCUUGAAACAGUUUUUAUUGAAUCAAAUUUGAGAAAAUGGGAAGAGAAGAAGACUAGUAGGUGUGAAAGGAUGUAUCAUGCAGAUUUCCUUUGUCUAACCACGUUUUGGUACUUUUUAGUGUUGAGGUUGUAUUUAAUCGAUUAAUCAUUGAAAUUGUUAGGGUUAUUGAAAUUAGUUCCUCAAAUUUGUGAAAUAGCAAUUUAGUCUCUUAAAUUGAACAAUAUCGGUCAAUAUAGCUCUUUUUCUAAGUUUAACACUACAAUUUUGAAAUAUUUAUCUUGAUGUAUGUAGCAAGAGAUUAUUCAAAUCAAUAUGUAGUUUUUCCUUAGUUUUGACGAAUGUUUAUAAAAGCAAUAUUUUGACGGAUCGACUAAAUUGAUUAACUUUCUUUAAGAGACUAAUCAGCUAUUCGUAAAUUUGAGGGACUAAAUUGUUCGACUCUUACAAUUUUGAGUACAGAAAUGCUCAUUUACUCUAUUUAAUUCUUUGUGUGUCCUAUGUUUAGGUAUUUGAGAAAAAUAUUUUGAUUCAUGUAUACAUCAAAUUCCAUUGUGUUGAUUACUUUGCCAUGAUUAGAAAUAAAUGCUAACU